AUGGUUGAUGUCAAACGUGUUAUUUCAAAUGAUGAUAUAAUAUCCGUAUAUCGAGUGGCAUUGAGCGAACGACGAUUAGUAGCAUUGAGCAAAGGACAAUCAGUAGCAUCGAGCAAAGGACGAUUAGUAAUAUCGAGCAAAGGACGAUUAGUAAUAUCGAGCAAAGGACGAUUAGUAGUAUCGAGCAAAGGGCAAUUAGUAAUAUUGAGCAAAGGACGAUUAGUAACAUCGAACAAAGGACGAUCAGUAGCAUCGAGCAAAAGACGAUUAGUAGCAUCGAGCGAACGACGAUUAGUAGCAUCGAGCAAAGGGCGAUUAGUAGUGUUGAGCAAAGGACGAUUAGUAACAUCGAGCAAAGGACAAUCAGUAGCAUCGAGCAAAGGACGAUUAGUAAUAUCGAGCAAAGGACGAUUAGUAACAUCGAGCGAAGGACGAUCAGUAGCAUCGAGCAAAGGACGAUUAGUAAUAUCGAGCAAAGGACGAUUAGUAGCAUCGAGUGAAGGACGAUUAGUAGCAUCGAGUGAAGGACGAUUAGUAAUAUCGAGCAAAGGACGAUUAGUAACAUCGAACAAAGGACGAUCAGUAGCAUCGAGCAAAAGACGAUUAGUAGCAUCGAGCGAACGACGAUUAGUAGCAUCGAGCAAAGGGCGAUUAGUAGUGUUGAGCAAAGGACGAUUAGUAACAUCGAGCAAAGGACGAUCAGUAGCAUCGAGCGAAGGACGAUUAGUAAUAUCGAGCAAAGGACGAUUAGUAACAUCGAACAAAGGACGAUCAGUAGCACCGAGCAAAGGACGAUCAGUAGCAUCGAGCAAAGGACGAUUAGUAAUAUCGAGCAAAGGACGAUUAGUAGCAUCGAGUGAAGGACGAUUGGUAAUAUCAAGCAAAGGACGAUUAGUAGUAUCGAGCAAAGGACGAUCAGUAAUAUCGAGCAAAGGACGAUUAGUAACAUCGAGCGAAGGACGAUCAGUAGCAUCGAGCAAAGGACGAUUAACUCUGUAUUCGGUACGUAGAAUAAUUUUAAAUACAUUUGACUAUAUCAAGUACCGAUUUAUUUCAUCAUCUGAAAUAACACGUUUAAACCCACCACAAUAA